CUCCGCCAAUAGAAGACGCGCGUUCACCCGGCGCCACCAAUCAGCUUGCGGAGCGGCCUGUGUUUACGGUCUCCAUGGAGACGGAGCAGUUCCUCUCGGUGCAGGCGCCAUGGACGGGGCGCCCCACGGGGUGGCUCUGCCAAGCCAUAUGCACCCUGAGGAGAGGCCACUGUACACAGAUGGGGCCCAAAGCCAUGUCCUCCUGCCUGAGGUGCCCAUGGAGAAGGCUCCGUGUGAUGCACUGACAGCCAUGACCGAGCUGCCUGCCGAGGCCCUGCCAGCCGUGCCCGGCACGGUGACACCCACCGAGACUGACACGGAACUCUGUGCAGCCGAGCUGCCGCCCUGCCCGGGGAGCUGUGGGGCUUCUGCCUGCGAGGUGCCCUCCACCGUGGUGCUGCAGAUGCCUGCACGGCAGCCCCCCAGGCUGGUGCCCCGGGGACGCUGCUUGAUCCACAACUGGCAGGAGGAGAGAGCCACGAACCAUCUGGAUAUCGUGCAAGGGCAGGAGCAGGGCAGUGAGGGCUUCAUCCACCGGCACGGCCAUCCCAGGCUGCUGUACCACCAUCACCUCCCUGGGCCCAACAACAGCACCACCAUGGACACCUACUGCCCGCCACAUAGUGUCCUGAUGCUGGGACAGGGGCGGCGUGAGGCCAUGCUGAAGGCCAUGCUUUACCAUAAAUACAGGGAAGAGAUGCUGAAGAAGAUCUCUCCCCCCGGAUGCCCAUGGAGUCAACAUCUGUCACGCACCAGGAUUACCAACCCAAGGGUUGCCUGUCCGCACCAUCGCCCCCCUCCCAGCCUCAUGACUACUUCACAGAGCAGCCCUGCAGCUUCUGGCUGGAGCAAGCCCGCAGCCUCACUGGUGUCACCAGCAUCCGCAGCGGUGACAGCCCCUUUGCGAAGGACGCAUCCUUCUCCACUCCCAUCACUGAGUCCCUAGACCAGCCCCCGCCCUGCGCCCUGCUGACCAGCCGGCUACAGUCCCACAAGCAAUAAAUAUAUUGGGGUACGGGUGU